GAAAAUUCUAAUUUGGCGGUAACUGUACUUUCUUUUUCCUGUGUAACCAAAUUUUUAUUUAUUUCCAAAUUUGUCUCUCCUUGGUUGAUCACCUUUCUUGGAAUAACAAUUUAACUCUCUAAUUAAUUAUGUCGGGAUCAUUUGGAUCGGUUAAAACUUACCUGGACAGUUUUGUGUGCGCUGGUAGUGAGGUUAUCUACUUGAAAUUGAUCCGAAAUGUUAAAGCCUUGGAAGAUGAUGAGGUGGAUAAAGAGUUAACCUUUCAACCUGAAUUUUGUCAUCAACUGUUUGGUCAAUCGGAGAAUAUAUUUGGCUAUAAAAAUCUAAGAAUCAAUUUAUAUUAUUCAGCCUGUAAAUUGAUAAGAUAUAUUUCAAUUGAUUAUUCUGAGAAGGUUGAUAUUGUUAAAAGUCAAGGAGUUCCUGGUGAUGAUGUUUUACAAAUUCUCUCGGAAAAAUUGGGUGGCACAUUUUUAACCAAUAUUGACCAAUUUUCGGCACAAUUAGCUAAUGAUACAGAUUUUAAACCAUUUGGUACACAAUUGGACUCAUUUAAAAUAACUAAAAAGCCAUCCAAUAGAUUCUCUUCAAGCUCGGCUUCAACAUCUUCCGUUUCCAGUUCAACCGAUUCUCCAGGAAUAGAGAGAACUUAUGAAAUCUAUCAAGCAGAUAUGGAUGUUCCCGGAUUCGAGGCUUAUCAUGAAAGUAUCCAAACCUUUCUGACUUGGUACAUUGAUGCCUCUUCUUAUAUUGAUAUUGAAGAUCGUAAAUGGGAUUACUUUGUGGUCUAUGAAAAGUGUUACAAAGACGGAAAUGAUUAUCCUGCUUAUUAUUUCAUUGGAUAUGCAACAGUUUACCGUUACUAUGCUUUCCCGGAUAAAACUCGUCCUCGAAUAUCCCAAUUCCUAAUUUUACCUCCAUUCCAACGUCGAGGAAUAGGUGAAAAGCUUUUACAAGCAAUUUACCAAACCUAUUAUGAAGAUGAUAAAAUAAUGGAUAUUACGGUUGAAGAUCAAUCGGAAGAGUUUGCCCGACUUCGUGAUUACGUUGAUAGUAAAAACUGUUCCCAAUUGAUGAGCUUCCAAUUAACAGAAUUAAUGAAAGGUUGGAAUGAAGAAAUGGUCAAAGAGGCAAAUGCAAGAUUCAAAUUGACCAAGAAACAAAUACGCCGAGUAUAUGAGAUCCUUAAAUAUAAGGCAAUCAACAAAUUUGACGAAGAACAGAUGAGAAAUUUCCGAUUAGAGGUCAAAAGUCGUCUUAAUGCUCCUUCAUUGAAAAUGAAGCGAAAUCAAUUAACCGAAGAUGAAGAAAACAGUGUUUUAGGAAACAAGGAAACUCGAUUACAAGAAUUAAAUUUACUCUAUUGCCAAUUGGAAGAUGAUUACAGACAAGUUGUCAACAAAUUAGCCACAGUCGAAUCAUAAUCACCCAGCCAAUGUAAAAAAAAAAGUUAACACCACCAAUCAACUGAUUACCCACAAAAUAUCAAUUCCUCAGUUUGUAAUAUUAUUUAAUUCAUCAUUUCCUCUUCCGUUUUUAUCAAUACUUUCCACUUGUAAAUGUUGAAACUCAUUCUUUUAACAUUCUUGUCAAUUGUCCUCAUUUUAACCCUACAUUUUAUCUCUCUCACCUUUACUCAAUUACAAUUUGCAAAUGUUUAUCCAUCUAACAAUUAACGUAAAAAUUGAUGACCAAUCAUUAAAAUUGUAAUCAAUGAAAGAAACUUGAAAGAAAACAAUUUCUUUUAUAUUA